GUUAGUAAUAACAAAUAUUCUCCCAAUUCUCCCGCCUAGUCCGUUGCGCGCGAAAACCUUCCUUCGGCAGCACUUCCAUGGCGAUACGAAAGCUACCGCGAGCGGCGAAGAGGAGAGGCGCCGCCCGUAAAGCAGAUAUCCACCGGCAGUCAGCGGAGGAAUUAGCUCGCAUUUUCAUCCGCCGGAGAACCGGUGCUUUAGCUCCUCGAAAACCUUCCUUCUCCAGCACUUCCAUGGUGGAAGGAAAGCUACUGGGAGCGGCGAAGAGGAGAGGCGCUACCCGUAAAGCAGAUAUCCACCGGAAGUCAGCGGAGGAAUUAGCUCGUAUUUUCAUCCGCCGGAGAACCGGUGCUUCAGCUCUGCCUGCCUUGAAGAAGAAAAUUUCGGCUGAUUCAUCGUCAUCCGACGUAGAAGCAGUAUCCGACGAACAAUCAAUAAUCGAGACUUACAACCCUCCGUAUCUCACUGGGUUUCAAUCGGAUAGCGUUGACCAGCCCAUGUGCAUGGUUUAUAAUGCGGAUGUUUGUAGCCAGAAUUUAUCCGAAAUGCUCAAGACUACAUACACGACAUAUAGUGAUUAUUUGAGGUCUCUUGCGCAAGAAGAGAUUACUAGCAUACCAGUACGUGAUUAUUUGAAGUUUCCUAUGCAAGACAAGACUACUGUCACACCAUUAAAUGAUUAUCUGAUGUCCCUUGUGCAAGAAAAGAUUACUAGCAUAACAUUAAGUGAUUAUCUGAAGCCUUUUGUGCAAGACAAGUUUAAAGGCAUGCCAUUAAGUGGGUUUUUGACGUCUCUGGUGCAAGACAAGGAGCCUCUCUUUAAUCUAGAGCAAGAGGCAACAUCUCAUCUUUUACAAGACAAGUUAAAGGAACUUCGUGAAAAGUACGCUUCUUUCAGACGCGUCUUGGGAGAUGGAAACUGUUUCUUUCGAGCCUUUAAAUUUGCAUACCUUGAGCACAUUUUGUUAAUGAAAGACAUGGAGGAGGCUGUUCGUAUUUUCGCAAAGAUGACAGAAUUGAAGGACAGGAUUCUUCAAGACAAUAUGACACCUUCAGAGAGCCUCAUGAGUGAUUAUGAUGCCUUUUGUAACAUAGUGCAAUUAGUUUCACCCAUUUCAGAAAAUAGUAUAAGCCAUUCAGUUCUUCUGGAAUGGAGUAAGAAUGAGAAUGGCUACUCUGAUCCUGCUAUUAGGUUUUUGAGAAUGGUUACAUCUAAUGAGAUCCGCUCGCGACCAAAUCACUUUGAGGAAAGCAUCCUGGGACUCUCGUCUGAUACCACCAUGACAGUCCAAAAGUUUUGUGAGGUUGAAGUGGAACCAAUGGGAAAGGAUGUUGACAAUGUGCAAAUCACUGCUUUUGUGGAUGCGCUUGGUGUGCCAAUUCGGAUAGAGUAUGUCUAUGACAGCAAACAUAGACUUAACCAUUUUGACUUUGGGGUUGAAGCUUCACCACUGGCAGAACCCUACAUAACCUUACUGUUUAGACCUGGUCACUAUGACAUUCUUUACACAAAGGAGUACCAUAUGCUAGUCCCUGAGCCAGUACAGGUUGUCUUGAAUGAUUCAAAAACUCCAGAGAAGGAACCCUUUUUGAAAGAGCCAGUAGAGGAUGUCUCAGUUGUUUCAGAGACUUCAGAGGAGGAACCGAAGACAAUAGUGAAGGAUCCUGCAACAUCAGAGAUGGAUCCAAUUGACAAGGGUAAGGUUAUGCGCAUGACCACCCUUCGUACUUACAUCAGGAGAAAACAGAAGGAUUUGGAAAGGGAGGAUCCUCUCCCUUUGGUCGGCAAAUCUCUUGGGUCGAGAGGCCCCUUUGCUGGAACGGCCGGUCCAACCUUCCAUCGCAGCAGGGUUGUUGUAGAAACUGAUGAAUAGGAAUUGUCAAAGGACUAUGAUGAGCGCACUUAUUUUGGUUGCAAGCAUUAGAAAAAGCAGAGUGGGCUCUUCCAGAUUUAAUUCCUCAGGGUCUCAUUUCGGACUUAUUUCUCCACAUGAAAUAUCAGGCUGUGGAGGCUAUUUUGCUCUUACAUUCAGUUUUCAAAAGUAUUUGGCGGGGAGCCAUUUGGCUGUGGACUACAAUAACCCACUUACUGUUUUUUUCUUUCUUUGAGGAUUUCAAUUAACAAAUGUGCCUAUCUGCAUUUGGACACAUUUUGUUCUGUUAGGAUUCUGAUUACAUAUUUCUGAUUUGUUCAUAUGCAAUAAAAGGUUUUCGCCCUUUCACAAUGAGCUCGAAAAUGACAAGAAAUAAUAUUCUA